AGGUGCACAGUCUCCGGGAGAGAGGGAUCCGCACACAUACACAGCCCGGCUGUGCUCCCAGACACUGCCGCAGGGACUCCGGAGACCCCUCACUGUGCCGGGAUUAGCCGUCCUCUGCAGCCCGGGAUCCCCAGGAAAAGCUGAGGACGGCGCCCAUGUCCCGGACCGCUGCCUCUUCGUGUGCAGGUGACGAUUUGAGGCAUGGAUAUCACAUAAUCGUCCUGGAGUUGUGACAACGGACUGCAAAUCUUUACAAAUGCUUGUCUCCUUGCAAAACAGUGCUGAGAAAAGCAUGGAUGAAUCAGCUUUGUUGGACCUUUUAGAAUGCCCCGUGUGUCUGGAGAGACUCGAUGCCUCUGCUAAAGUCUUGCCGUGUCAGCACACCUUUUGCAAACGAUGUCUACAGGGGAUUGUAAGUUCCCGUAGUGAAUUGCGCUGCCCAGAGUGCAGGACGCUGGUGGAAUGUGGGGUGGAUGAGCUUCCUAGCAAUAUCCUACUGGUGAGACUCUUGGAUGGAAUCAAACAGAGGCCCCGGAAACCAGGGCCAAGCACUGGGAAUAGCACAAAUGCAUUAAGAGCACAAGGUAACGUUACCACUAACUGUGGCACAAAUGAUGCACAGAGUACCCAAGGAGGACCUCAGAGGAUACAAGCACGGAGCCCUCCAGUGAGGGGUGUACCUCAGUUACCAUGUGCCAAAGCUUUGUACAAUUAUGAAGGGAAAGAACCUGGAGACCUGAAAUUCAACAAGGGCGAUAUUAUUGUGCUUCGCCGACAGGUUGAUGAGAAUUGGUAUCACGGAGAAAUCAAUGGAGUCCAUGGCUUUUUCCCGACCAAUUUUGUGCAGAUUAUAAAGCCUUUACCUCAACCUCCGCCUCAAUGUAAAGCACUUUAUGACUUUGAAGUGAAAGACAAGGAAGCUGACAAGGACUGCUUGCCCUUCUCUAAGGAUGACAUUCUCACGGUGAUCCGCAGAGUGGAUGAAAACUGGGCAGAAGGAAUGCUGGGAGACAAAAUAGGAAUAUUCCCAAUUUCCUAUGUGGAGUUUAAUUCAGCCGCUAAGCAACUCAUAGAGUUAGACAAGCCCUCAGGAGUGGACUCUGGGGAAGGAACUUCUGGGACAGCACAUAGCAGCUCUUCUCAAAAGCACACUGAUACCAAGAAGAACACCAAAAAACGUCACUCCUUUACCUCCCUCACCAUGUCUAACAAGUCAUCGCAGUCUGUUCAGAACCGCCAUUCCAUGGAGAUCAGUCCUCCUGUGCUUAUCAGCUCCAGCAACCCCACAGCUGCUGCCAGAAUCAGUGAGCUCUCCGGGCUGUCUUGCAGUGCUCCUUCUCAGGUCCAUAUCAGUACUACAGGGCUUAUUGUGACCCCUCCCCCGAGCAGCCCUGUAGUUAGUGGCCCUGCAUUUACAUUCCCAACGGAAUUCACCUACCAAGCUGCUCUGGGAGAUUUGAAUCCUCCUCUUCUUCCUCCUCCACCCUUGACUGCUGCUGUUAUUGUCUCCACAACUUCUGCGGCAACAUCUUCUACUGCUGGACAGAGAUUGGCUGGUGGUCCUGCUGAACAAGUUGCACACCUAAGGCCGUCCACUCGACCAAGUGUGUAUGUUGCUAUCUAUCCCUAUUUCCCACGCAAAGAGGAUGAACUGGAGCUGCGGAAGGGUGAAAUGUUUUUAGUGUUUGAGCGCUGUCAGGAUGGCUGGUUUAAGGGAACAUCCAUGCACACCAGUAAAAUUGGAGUAUUCCCUGGGAACUAUGUAGCACCUGUUACAAGGGCAUUAACCACUGGGUCACAGGCUAAAGUGGCCAUGGCAACAGCAGGUGGAGGCACCCAGAUGGUCAACAUGGUUGCGCCAUGCUCUAGCGGAGUGCCGUGCCAGAAGCUACAAGGAAAUGGUGUGGACUUCAGCAAAACAGUGAAUGCAAAUGGCGUCUCCCCAACCGUUUCAGGAGGACAUAUCCAGACCAGCCCACAGUCCAAGGUCCUUAUUCACAUGAGUGGUCAAAUGACUGUAAACCAAGCCCGGAAUGCUGUCCGAACAGCUGCUGCACAUGGUCAGGAGCGUCCGACUGCCGCAGUUACCCCCAUGCAGGCACAGAACCAAGCUUGCCUUAUCCCAGCAGCUUCUGUUAACUCCCACCAAGGCAGCUCUGCUCAAACCAUGCAGCCACCACUUUCCAGUCCAGCAGCAUACAUCAACGCCGCAAUGAAUCUCAAUAGACCAAAUGUGCCAAUGGCUGCUACCCCUUCCAGCAGCAGUGUGUCCUCCUUAGAGGCAGAUGGCAACUGGAAAACCAGCUCUGCAGUCACUGGAUGUUCUUCAUCUUCUGAUAAUGCACCUUCAAGUUCUGCCACUAAUAAGCAGGACAAGGACGGCAAGAAGGAAAAAAAAGGUUUGCUAAAGUUGUUGUCUGGUGCAUCUACCAAGAGGAAGCCCCGGGCAUCUCCGCCUCAUUCGCCAACUCAAGAACUGGACCAGGCAGUCUCAGAAGCUACUUUAGAAGGAGCCGUAGGUCCUGAUGUCACCAGUACCAGUGGUCGAGCUGCUGCCUGCAAUGUGGACGGUGAGACUGUAUCAGCUUCUGCCCUGACACAAGAGAACCGCAAGACAAAUAUGGUGGAUGCCAACAUCCCUAUAGCUCCUCCACCAAGACAGCCUUGCUCCUCACUGGGCCCUGUACUCAAUGACUCCCGACCUGUAGUCUGUGAAAGAUACAGGGUGGUAGUGUCAUAUCCUCCGCAAAGCGAAGCUGAGCUUGAACUCAAGGAAGGGGACAUUGUAUUUGUGCACAAGAAACGUGAGGAUGGCUGGUUUAAAGGCACGCUACAGCGGAAUGGAAAAACUGGCUUGUUCCCUGGCAGCUUUGUAGAGAACAUUUAAUUCUUUAUCUCUAUCAAUAAAUGAGCACAACAUAUCAAAGCUGCCUUAGAGCAGCUGAUUUACUUAUCUUCAACCUUUAAAAGUGGAAAUUGCCACUGGCAUUGGAGGAGUUAACACGGACACCCUUGGUACCACUGUGGGGUGCUAAAGAGCAAGUGUUGGAAGGGCCUGGAAAGUGUCCACUGAUUUCUUACUUCCCCAGACUUUCUUUUGUCCAUGUCAUUUGUGCCUUGUACUGUUAAGUUUAUACUUUUUUUUAUUUGUUUUUACCUAACAGCAAAUAAACUGAUGUUUACAAGG